AAUACUUUCUGCUUCUUUGUUUGCUGGUAAGAAUUUGUUUCAUCGACAAUGGCGAGGAAUGUAGGGUUCUUCAUCUGCAUUUUGAUCCUAGCCAUGGAUGUUUCAGCUGGAAUUCUCGGCAUUGAAGCCGAAAUAGCUCAGAAUAAGGUGAAGCAUUUGAAGAUGUGGAUUUUCGAGUGUAGAGACCCGAGUUACACAGCCUUCAAGUACGGUUUAGCUGCGUGCAUCCUUUUGGUGUUAGCCCAUGUAACAGCUAAUUUUCUCGGUGGGUGUCUCUGUGUUGCCUCUAGACAAGACCUUGAAAAAUCCUCUGCCAAUAAACAGCUCGCUGUGGCUUCUCUGAUAUUCUCCUGGAUCAUAUUGGCGAUUGCAUUCUCGAUGUUGAUCGUAGGGACGAUGGCAAACUCAAGAUCAAGAAAAAACUGCGGGAUAUCGCACCAUCGGGUUCUGUCCAUAGGAGGGAUCCUCUGUUUCAUUCACGGACUCUUUGCUGUUGCUUAUUACAUCUCUGCAACUGCUUCAACACGAGAACAGACAAGCGCAGGCCACGCUUGAAAAUUUUCUACCCGUUUUUUCCUUUCUAUAAAUUUAACCCAAUGGU